AAAAAGAAAGUAGAAGGACAAGAGCAAAAUAAGGCUGGUGACUCUCCUCUGAACCCUCCAUUUCCAAAUCCUGCCACUGUCUUCGUCCUCCUCCUUAGACCAAAUCUUCUUCUCUCUCAUAAAAAUACCAAAUCACCACUCAUUCAUUUUCCUUCUCUUCUUCCAAAAUAUCCUUUUUUUAACCGAUAAAAAACAAACAAAUACUCACUCUCUUACCAACUCCUGCAAUGGCGGAUUAUUUUAUUAAUCUUUCCUUUUCUUCCUACUCUUUUUUCUUAUCAUCCUAACUUUCUCUAUUCAACCUCUUUUUUUUUUUUUUUCUCCGCUCACUGUUGUUUUACCAUGUCGUGUGUAUGUUUCUCUUGAGUGUUAAAAGACAGAAACAUAAGCUAUCAGCAAGCAAAAGCUCCCCCGUUUCUUCUGCACUUUGGGAGGAGUCUUAUUCGGGUAUUGUUACUUUCUUCACCCAGCUGGUUAAAUUAUAAGAUGGGCAAGGAGCGCAGUGGAUCACCAAAGCAACAUCAUCAGCUCGAAUCAAAGCGAAAGCGCCUAACUUGGAUCCUUGGCGUGAGCGGACUCUGCAUCCUGUUUUACAUUCUAGGCGCAUGGCAGAACAACUCAGUCCGCUCCACCCCUCAAUCUGAGGUCUAUACCCGAGUUGGCUGCGAUCCCAACUCGACCCCAAUUCCAACUCAAUCCUCCGCAGAAACAGUCACAUUGGACUUCAACAGCCAUCACCAGGUCGAGGUCAACAAUUCUGCAAAAGACUCAGUCCAACUCCCCCCAUGUGACAUGUCCUUCAGUGAAUACACUCCUUGUCAGGACAAGCAGAGAGGGAGGAAAUUUGACAGGGAGAUGUUGAAGUACAGAGAGCGGCAUUGUCCUGGAAAAGAUGAGCUUCAUCUCUGUCUCAUUCCUGCUCCGCCUAAGUAUAAAACUCCUUUUAAAUGGCCUCAGAGCAGAGAUUAUGCAUGGUAUGAUAAUAUUCCCCAUAAUGAGCUUAGCAUUGAGAAGGCUGUUCAGAACUGGAUUCAGGUUGAGGGUGACCGGUUUAGAUUCCCGGGAGGAGGCACCAUGUUCCCUCGUGGAGCUGAUGCUUAUAUCGAUGAUAUUGGCAUGCUCAUUCCUCUUACUUCUGGAAAAAUCAGAACUGCCAUUGAUACCGGCUGUGGUGUUGCAAGCUGGGGAGCGUACCUACUGAAGAGAGACAUCCUGGCUAUGUCUUUUGCACCAAGAGACACGCACGAAGCACAGGUCCAAUUUGCAUUGGAACGAGGAGUUCCUGCCAUGAUUGGUAUCAUGGGUUCGCAGAGGCUUCCUUACCCAGCAAGGGCCUUUGAUAUGGCUCACUGUUCACGUUGUUUGAUACCUUGGAAGAACUAUGAUGGGAUGUAUCUAAUUGAAGUGGAUAGAAUCCUAAGGCCGGGCGGCUACUGGAUCCUUUCUGGCCCUCCAAUUCACUGGAAGAAGUACUGGAGAGGAUGGGAAAGAACCCAGGAAGAUUUAAAGCAAGAACAGGAUGCCAUUGAGGAGGUAGCCAAGAGUUUGUGCUGGAAGAAAGUGAUAGAAAAAGAGGAUCUAGCAAUUUGGCAGAAGCCUAUGAAUCACAAGGAAUGCAUUAAGAGCAAGGAGGUUUAUGGGAAACCUCCUAUCUGCAACUCAGGCAAUCCAGAUUAUGCUUGGUACAAAGACAUGGAAACCUGCAUAACUCCAAUGCCAGAGGUAAGCAACUCAGGGGAAGUGGCUGGUGGCGCGGUGGAGAAAUGGCCUGAACGAGCGUUUGCUCUUCCCCCGAGAAUUGCCUGGGGCACCAUAACAGGCGUCACCUCGGAUAGUUUCCGGGAGGACAAUGAAGUAUGGAAGGAGAGGGUGACCCAUUACAAAAGGAUCAUUGCUCCUUUAGUACAAGGAAGAUAUAGGAACAUAAUGGACAUGAAUGCUUACCUAGGAGGAUUUGCUGCAGCCAUGUUGAAAUAUCCUGUUUGGAUUAUGAACGUAGUCCCUACAAAUUCAGAAAAAGACACUCUUGGUGCCAUUUAUGAAAGAGGUCUUAUUGGAACAUACCAGGACUGGUGUGAGGCAUUCUCAACUUACCCAAGAACUUAUGAUCUCAUUCAUGCAAGUGGAGUCUUCAGUUUUUAUCAGGACAGGUGUGACAUGACCUACAUCUUGCUAGAGAUGGAUAGAAUUCUGAGGCCAGAAGGGACAGUGAUAUUCAGAGACACUGUGGAUGUUCUGGUAAAGAUUCAAAGCAAAACCAAUGGAAUGAGGUGGAAGAGCCAGAUUAUGGACCAUGAGAGUGGACCAUUUAAUCCAGAGAAAAUUCUUCUUGCUGUUAAAACUUACUGGACUGGUGCAGAAACUACAGAAAAGCAAAGCUAGUAUACAUACCAUAUAUAUAUAUAACAUUUUCUGCUUUCACUUUUCUGAUUUUCUUUCUUUUUUUUUUUUUUUUCCUUUCCCUUUUUCUCUUUUGGGAGAGGCAAUGUGAGGGUCUUUUUUUUUUCCACUGUUUACUUCUCCUUUCAAGUUGGGAAGAAAGGUAGGUUAUGUUUCUGAUUGAAAACAUGU